AUGUUACCAACGAUCAAGACAUAUGACGAGGAUGUGGAUUUGGAAUCGGAAGAUGGACGAGCAAGGAACAAACGCUCAGCAACAGACUUUCCGCAACCGCCACGGAAAAACAGCGCAGCAUCGAUCAACUCGUCAUCCAACGCAGGAACCGAGGACGAAUCAGAUACUUCAGGAGUGGCCUCUGGUGGUGAAAAUGGACUGGGUGCUGGCAAACGGCGGCGGUCUUCUCUCGCACUCAGCCUCGUACGACCACAAAAGGGCAAGUCGGGUUCUCAACCUGCGAACGAAUCAGACAGUGAUGGCUCGGAAGAGGAGAGUAGUAGCGAGGCGCCUCAGAGACAUACUGCUGGCAAGGGCCCAAUGAGGAAAUAUGGCAGCGUGAACCAAGGAGCCUCACCCGUUAUCGUUAAUGGGGGACAGACACCCCAGGCCCCACCCAUCAACACAUCUGGACUCAGUUCAUCUAUCCGAACAGUACCAGGAUCCACGUUCUCUAUGCCAGACAGCAGAAUGUCGAGUGCCGCCAGCUCACGAGCAAACAGCCCGAACCUCCACCCAUUGAUGAGCGAGAAUGAUGUUUCUGGACCCUCAUCGCCAAUUUCAGGAUUCCCUCCGGUAGUGGAUUCUCGGACAGUCCUAGCGAUUCAACCAGUAUCAGCACGACGGACACCUGGCGAGAACAUUACUAUUCCUGCUGUCUCGACUCCACCUACCCCAGUCAUUGUCGCCCCCAAGCCUGUUCAGGUUACGCCUGCUGCUGCCCCACCACAGCCACAACCGCAACCACAGCCACAACCACAACCACAGCUACAACUACAACCACAACCACAACAACACCUGAUGCAACCACCAAUCAUUUCAUUUGGAGCAAACGCUAUUCAAGGGGGAGUGCCGGCCCCACUGGAUACUGUCGGGUCCAGAUUCUAUGUCAAGAGGCGCGUCGUAGUCGGUAAUGUGUCCAAGUAUCUACCAGAGGAAAAGCGCGAUCCUCGCCUGAAAGACUUCCCCUACAAGUGGAUGAUCUAUGUGGACGGUACCCCCAAACCCGAGGACAUUACGGCCUACAUUGCCAAGGUCGAGUUCCAUCUGCAUGAGAGUUAUAAGCCCAACCAUGUUGUCACGGUGUCCGAGGCACCAUUUCAUCUGAGUCGAUAUGCCUGGGGCGAGACGCAGAUCAAGGUGCGCCUAUUCUUCCAAGAUGAACGCAACAAACCCGUCGAAGUCUACCACCGCUUAGCUGUAAGUUGCGUGUUUAUAUCGAUUCUUUUGGAUUGGAACUUUCUUUUGUUUUGUUCGCUAACCUGUUCAUACUGGUUUUUUGUGCGCACACGCAGCUGGAUCCAACGCAUUGUGGAAGGCAGGUGCAUGGAAGGGAGCGACAUGUAG